AUGGCAGCUACUACUGGUGAUGCUUGGAGACCACGCAGGGUAGCCUUCGUUCAGACCCCUGCCCCUGACCAUGGUUGCCGCUGCCAGGUUCGCUUAAUGCACAACAAUGACCAGGCCUCGAUAUCGCUACAGUUGCAACACGCCACUGGCCUUGCUGGGGUCAACAACAAUCCUCCUCGACAAAUUCUGCUCCACAUCCAGCCAUCGAUUGUCGAGUCUUGUUCAAUAGCUCAGGAGACAUCAAUCUCACCGUUGCUGUUGGAAUGUGUACCUACCUCAAUUGCAGGCCCGUCUGAUGUCUUGACUGUUACUCUUGUUCUGAAGUCUCCUGGUGCUGUGCACUAUCCCAAGGAGCUGACCAGCGUACGUCCGACUGACCCAGCUGAUGUCGACUUCCAAUCAUUCGUCGAGAUAUGUCAAGCGACAACUCUCUAUAUACACUUUGCCAAAGCUCAGUUCGACCAACAAGAGAAGCCAAGAUUGGAGCGGCUGGUAGACGGGCUCAGCAACGGAGACCUGAAGGCACCGCCCUUGAAUCUUGCUCGAGAGGACCGUGGCAGAGGCUUGCAAGAAGGUACAUGGCAGGUCUUUAGCCAACAAGAUCCAGAGUCCAACCAUAGUAAGACAUCGUCAGGGCUAGGCAAGAGACUAAGACAAGGUAAGAACUUUCAGCCAUCCUUCUCCCCCAAGCCUGUGCAGACACGUGAGUAG